GUCCGAUUUUUUUUUAUAACUCAUAUGAUUACAGACCGAUAUUGGAGUCCCCUCGGUCCCAUUACCAUUAACAAUCAGUUUAGAAGAGGUCCAUUAGAAGUGGGCCUCACAUCCACAGGAGAAUGAUACUUAAGAAUGAUGCUAUAAGUACUAAGUACUGUUUUCAUCAUUACUUUCAGUGAUUCCUUAAAAAUAGAAGUCGUCCUAAAUCUCAGUUUCAGCUUUGAGCACUGUUUUAAAAUGUUAAAGAGAUAAUAGAAAUGGUCGUCACCGUGCUCAUUUGUGUAGUGAGACGCUUCUUUCCCACUUGAUUAUACAUAUAUAGACCCAAAGCUGGACCAACGCACUACAAAAGUUCUAUCAACUCUUUAAUACCAUACGGAGUCAACAUCAAUUUAAAGUGAUUAAUCUUUUUUUUUAGAGGAAUAUAACAUCCUUAUCAGUCAUAUUUUCAAGCGUGUGUCGCUAGACACUGUACGGCUCUUUGGUUCGCUUACUUUAUAUAGCAUCAAAACUGGCAACACAAUUUGCUGACUGGUUUUUAAUGCAUUGCAAAUACACACUCUUCACAAGAAUUAUGAAAUAUUACUUUGGAGGAAAGGGAAGGGUCAGCAUACAUGUUCUCGGGAAUAACCCUUUUUAUGAUCCAUCAAAUAUUUUGGCUUGCGCGCGAUUGAUCUAAACACACCACGUGACCGAAUACCCCCAACUAAAACAAUUUUCAAACCUUACUUCCGCUACGGAAAUGAGAGAGGGUUUUCUGGUUGUUACAGAAGAAGGGAGAUAUAUUUUUGUUCAUAAAGUCGUACUUGACAUCCCACACUGCAUACAGCAAGCUGUUCGUAAAAUUUUUUCUACGCACGAACAAAAGCGUUUUUCAAAGUGAGCCAUAAAAACAAUAUUAUUACUGUUUAUUUUUUCUUAUUUUUAUUUCAUUAUGCGGUUCAAGAAAAACUCACCGCCCGACGAGUGUAUUCCACGUAAAAUUUCACGCGAAAAACCGAUAUCGCACGAAUCGCUUCCGUGCCAUAUCGGUUUUUCGCGUGAAAUUUAACGUGGAAUUCAUUCGUCAGGCAGUGAUUUUUUGGAUAUCCCAUUAGCAAUUGGCUGUAUAUUUGCAAGCGUAGGAUAGUUGAAACAUUUCUUGUCAGACCAUAUUUGCCUCGCAUAGGUGUAAGAGCUAACUAAAAGUUGAAUAUGAAGUUUGUCAUGUUGUAUCAAUAUUCUUAGGUCUCUUUUGAUUUUUCUUUUGUCUUUUAAGUUGGGAAAGCUACUCAAGUACGCUCAAAAUCUGAGGAAAAAUGCCAACUUGGAUUUGUCACUAUCAGCUGGCUGUAUGUUGUUUGUCUGCAACAAAUGGGAUUUGGUUAAUAACAACGACCGCGAAGAGGUGAAAAGGCAUACGGUCGAAAAGCUUACAAGAAUACUUGGUAACCUGGAUCCGAAAUCGCAGAUUGUCUAUUUGUCAUGCCAAACCGCGCAGUUAGCUCAGACUUAUGGGGUAGUGACAGAGGAUUUCAGCAACCUAAUAACAGGGAUUAGUAAUCUCGUAGUUUCGUCCAUGAAGAAUAAUCUGCAGAUGAACACUAGGUAAGUAGACUUCUGAAUAGUUCUAGGUUGAAGCCUUGAAUAUUUAUGUUGUAUCAAAUACACAACAAAGACAAAGCCUUAAGAUGGAAGUUAAAGCUCGAUUACAAAGUAGAAUUGGAAUAAAUAUGUCAUUAAGGAGACAUAAAUUAAGAUAGGAUGCAGAUGAUUACAUGAAAAUAACUGUAGCAGAUCCAAUGAUUAUUCAUUUAAUAGCAUUGUGUAUAACAUAGUAAUAGAGUUAAUAGAGAAUGGUGUUUCUUUCGUCUUGUCACGAGCGCGGGACAAAGAAAAAAUUCUGAGUCCCCAUGAAGAAUCGAACGGCCUCAGGCCUUCGGAUUCCGCGCUCCGAUGCUCUAACCACUGAGCCACAGAGACUCCACGGUGGGCGAAGUCUAUUACGAAGUUCAUAUAACACGCGCCCUGCAUACUGCUAGGAUCAGCAAUGUCGAUUGCGUAAUGCUUAUAGAUAGAAAUAAGAGGGAUAGUAGGUUUUGAGCUCGGUAAAGAAAUAGAGAAAGGUUUUUUUUUUUUUCGUUUUGUCACGAGCGUGGGACACGGUUCGAUUCCUCGUGGGAACUCAGAAUUUUUUCUUUGUCCCGCGCUCGUGACAAGACGAAAAAAGCACCUUUAUCUAUUUCUUUACCGAGCUCAAAACUUACCAUCUCUCUUAUUUCAAUAGAGUUUAUGUCUGCGGGCAUAAAUAUGUUUUGAGCCCGACUCAGACUCAUUUCAGCCCCAACCGUUCUGACUAAUACGAUUCACGUGGCCGACCGAAAUAAUUAAUAACAAAAACAAAGGUCAAGUCCAGUGAAAUCCAUAAAACUUUAAAACAGUAACUCAUCUCAAUGUAUGUAAAAUAUAGCAGGUAAUUUAGUGUUAACAACUGGGUUGAAAACGUAAAUUAGCCACCGUAAAGGGUAAAAAAGCUGACGUUUCGAGCGUUAGCCCUUCGUCAGAGCGAUUAGAGGAAUUGAGGGUUGUGUAUGGAUUUAUACAAUGCCGUAGCGUGGGGAGGGGCCGGGGGGGCCCGGGCCCCCCCAAUAAUUUGGCAAACUCCAAAAAAUAUAUAUUGAACACAAGAGUAGAACAGUAAAAUGAAGGUUAGAAUAAUUAAAAGCUUAAUUAACUGACGUUUCGAGCGUUAGCCCUUCUUCAAAGAGCGAUUAGAGGAAUUGAGGGUUGUGUAUGGAUUUAUAUGCAGAAAGUGGAGCUUUAAAUUUCCCCAAAGAACGUUUGGAAACAGUACGAAGAAACGCCAUUGGCCAUUGGGAAAUAUGGUAACGAGAAAACAGGAAUAAAUUAGUUGAAUGAAAAGUACUUGUUGAUUCCAUGGGGAUUAAACUUGGGUGCCGAUUUGGAAUAUAAAUUUUGUUUCUAGUGUUUUACGGCUUUCCGAACUACCUAGAUGUGAGGAAAGGCCGCAAACUGCCAUAUGCUGUUUAGAAUGGUUAGGAAGAUUAAAGUGUUUAGCGACUGGUUUGGAUGCGUCCUUGUCAUUUCUUUCCACAUCGCGAAGGUGUUCUCGGAAUCGGUCACCCAGUCGUCUUCCUGUUUCGCCGAUGUAUAACUUAUUGCAAUAAGUGCAAGUUAUGCAGUAAAUAACAUUGGCGGAGGUACACGUAAAGUGAUCAAUGAUCUAAAUGGAUCUUUUGGGUCCCGAUAUUUUCUCUACGUUAUGAAUGAAAGGACAAGUUUUGCAUCGUGGGCGAGUGCAUUUAAAAGUUCCAGAUUGGUCAUUGGUUUGAAAUGAAAUCCUGACUAAAAAGUUACCUAUGUUUUUGUCACGUUUGAAUGAAAUAAGUGGGGGUUGUGAAAAGAUAGUGCCAGUCUCUGAAUCGUUUUGGAGUAAUUUAAAAUUUUUAAGAAUGAUAGAUUUAACUGCGUGGUUGUGAGGGUGAAAUGUAAGAGUAAAUGGAAUGCGGUCAGUGCUUUCCUUCUCGGCCGUUUGUAGUGCUGCCUGUCGAUUGAUUUGUUGGGCACGGUGGUAGCCCGCUUGAACGACAGAAACAGGAUAGCCACGUUUAUCGAAAAACUGGCACAUUGCCUCUGAUUUUUCUGAGCUGUUGUUUGGCGGGCCGACCUCUACCAAAAAGAAGCUUUGCGGCAACUUUCUGGCAUCUCCUUUUAUGCUAAAGUCGACAAAGAUCUCACUUUAAUUAACCAAAACAUUGUCAAAAAUACGACUAACGAUCUUAUAGCUAAACAAGAAUUGCCUGCCACUGCUAAAAAUCUCAUCAUUACCACUCCUAGAACUUCGUGUAUUUACUUUUUACCUAAAAUCAACAAACCUAACAACCCAGGUCGACCCAUCGUUUCUGCCUGCAGUUGUCCCACCCAACUUAUUUCCAGCUAUUUAGACAAAGUUAUGGCCCUUAUCGUCAAAACUUUACAGUCUUACAUCAAGGACAGCCAACACGCACUUGAAAUGUUUCGUGACUUUAGUUUCCUCGACCAAAACAAACUUAUUUUCACCAUGGAUAUAACAUCUCUUUACACUGUCAUUCCCAAUGACGAAUAUCUCCGGGCCCUCAAACAUUUUUUCGAUCAACGCACUGUUAAGGAACCUAGCUCUGAAACACUACUCCGUCUGGCCGAACUAGUACUCACACUCAAUUGCUUUUCAUUCGGUGGUAACUACUACAAAUCAAACUACUGGCGUGGCCAUGGGUACUAAAAUGGGACCCAGCUACGCCAAUAUUUUUGUAGGUUUUAUCGAACAUCAAUUCUUUAGCCAAUACCACGGCCCAAAACCUGAACUCUAUGGCCGCUACAUUGACGAUUUCAUCGGCGCUACCUCCUCUAUCAAAGAGGAGCUCACUCAAUUUAUAACCGCCGUCAAUUCCUUUCUUCUAGCUCUUAAAUAUACCUGGGAAAUUUCCGACACUUCUUUGGCUCUUCUAGACAUCAAAAUUUCAAUUGAAGGCAACGGCUUAUGUACUAGUGUUUACUACAAACUUACAGAUUCACAUAGUUACUUGUUGUAUUCAUCCUCACAUCCAUCACACGUCAAGAACUCCAUACCUUUUUCUCAGUUUCUCAGACUUCGUCGUUUAUGUAGUGACGACUCUGAUUUUUCCGAAAAAUCAGAGGCAAUAUGCCAGUUUUUCGAUAAACGUGGCUAUCCUGUUUCUGUCGUUCAAGCGGGCUACCACCGUGCCCAACAAAUCAAUCGACAGGCAGCACUACAAACGGCCGAGAAGGAAAGCACUGACCGCAUUCCAUUUACUCUUACAUUUCACCCUCACAACCACGCAGUUAAAUCUAUCAUUCUUAAAAAUUUUAAAUUACUCCAAAACGAUUCAGAGACUGGCACUAUCUUUUCACAACCCCCACUUAUUUCAUUCAAACGUGACAAAAACAUAGGUAACUUUUUAGUCAGGAUUUCAUUUCAAACCAAUGACCAAUCUGGAACUUUUAAAUGCGCUCGCCCAUGAUGCAAAACUUGUCCUUUCAUUCAUAACGUAGAGAAAAUAUCGGGACCCAAAAGAUCCAUUUAGGUCAUUGAUCACUUUACGUGUACCUACGCCAAUGUUAUUUACUGCAUAACUUGCACUUAUUGCAAUAAGUUAUACAUCGGCGAAACAGGAAGACGACUGGGUGACCGAUUCCGAGAACACCUUCGCGAUGUGGAAAGAAAUGACAAGGACGCAUCCAAACCAGUCGCUAGACACUUUAAUCUUCCUAAUCAUUCUAAACAGCAUAUGGCAGUUUGCGGCCUUUCCUCACAUCUAGGUAGUUCGGAAAGCCGUAAAACACUAGAACAAAAAUUUAUAUUCCAAAUCGGUACCCUUAAUCCCCACGGAAUCAACGAGCGCUUUUCAUUCAACUAAUUUAUUCCUGUUUUCUCGUUACCAUAUUCCCACCAAUGGCGUAGCUCCACUUUCUGCAUAUAAAUCCACACACAACCCACAAUUCCUCUAAUCGCUCUGACGAAGGGCUAACGCUCGAAACGUCAGCUUUUUUACCCUUUACGGUGGCUAAUUUACGUUUUCAACCCAGUUGUUAACACUAAAUUACCUGCUAUACUCUCCCACCGACGCAGCACUACAGUUUCUUAAGAAACUUACCCCUUUCUUCAUAUGUAAAAUAUAGCCGAAUGGCAGCCGAACAGAUACGCAUAAAUCAACUCAACAAGAAUUAAAAUCGCGUAUGCGGUACAGCAUAAUAUCAUAUCGACUGAUUUCAUCGUCAAUUUUGAGACUUGAAGCCCUUUGUUCCCACUUGAAUACUCUUCUUUGUCUGCAGAAGUCCAUUUCCAUUAAGGAUGGAGGAAAAGAAAGGAAAACCACCUUGAUAAUUUUAGCGCACGGCCCGAUGAAAGAUACCAUUUUGAAUUUUGUUGAUAAUUCCAUUUGCCCAUACAAACAUUCCCACCUUUGUCCCACACCUUAGAUGUAUGAAAAAUAAUAUGUUGACGACUAUGCCAACAAAUCUAGUAGGAGGAGUAAGGGAUCGUCCAAAAGUUACUCGGCUUUAUUUUCCUUCGAUGAAAUACACCAUCAAGUGAAGCUGACGAGGAAAUUACAAAUUUUUCUUGCCUUUGUUAGAAGCUCCUCUUGAAAUAAACGGACGAUUAAAAAUGUCCAAGCAAGCACUUUUCGAUACGGCUUAGCAGUCCAACAAGUAGGAUGUCACGCUGUGUUCGCUUUUAUGCUUAAACAAUGCUGCUAAAAGACUGCGCGAAUGUAGUAAUGGCUUCUCGAUCGUAAAUGGCUGCUGUGAUCGUGCGAUUGUUUGGUUCUUACUUUUUAUUGAUUUAUUUCGGCGGGCAAAAAAAUUUAUUCAUUAACCCGAAAAAUUCUCCAUUUGCGCCACAAUGCCAAACAAAGUGAUAAUCUUCGGAGGUAAUUGGAGUAAUUAGAAGCCUCGGACAAAGAGAAGAUACAAGAAUAGAUUGGAGACCUAAUACGAUUCGAACAUCAAUCCUUAGGAUCCUUGACUGAGAACAGAGUACAAGCGGUCUGCGCACUGUAGGGAUCAUCAAUUUUGAAAUAGAAAAUGCAGAAGACAUUUUUGAUUACGAAAAAAUAUAUAUUUUACUUUUUUUUAUUGACCAAGGAAUCAGGUAAAGGAAACGGUGUGCAUCACACUUGUUGUGAGAUACAGUUAGUACCCAGAAACUUUUGAUUUUCUAUUAAAAAUUUUAACAAAUGAAAAGUUUUACAUUGGUAAUAAAAUAUGUGCUUGUUGUUCAUUGUGAUGUAAGAUAGGAGAUGAACUUAAUUCGUUUGUCUCACGAUUGAGUCACUUAUAUGUAGAUCGCGAGGUUUCGACUGCAAUACUGCUAGUCUUGCGAGAACAUUACAGAGACAUACGGUUUGCUCGUACUCAGACUUCUGCGGUUUCGGAGCACGCUAACGAAACGGGGUAUAUUCCUAUUUGGAACUAGGUUAAGUUUAUUGAUCGUGAACCCCACUGGCACACACGUAGGGUCAAAGAGGCUAUCCAUAUAAGACUUCAUCCCUACAACAUCAAUAGGGAUAGUGGUAUCGACAUUCCCGAAGCUUGGAAAUCCACGAUCAAAUAACACAACAGCCAAUUUAUGAAGACUUAUGAGGUAACACCAUUUAACAACCGGAAUAAUAACGAGGAACGAAAUGCACCAAUAGCAGCGUACCAACGUGCUACAAAUAGCGUCACGUGAACAAUCGAUCUCAUCGCCUGAUGCAGACUAGUAGUAUUGCAGUCGAAACGUCGCGAUCUACAUCAUAAUUAACUCUAUCGUGAGACAAACGAACAAAGUUCUUCUCUCAAGAAUUGGUAUUGUCAUUUUAAUUGUUUAGCAGUUGUAAUUAAGACAUCAUACACAUUUUUAUAUGAUUGUUCAUCAGGUGGCUGGAAGAUCUCCUCGAUCGCAUGUCUCGUCAAGUCCGCAUAAAACUGAAGUCGGCAAAAAUGUCUCAUCAGGAAACAGAGGCAAAAAUCAAGAGAUUUUUAAGUCGCAUGGAGGAGCUGCAGAAUUCUCAGAAACGUAAAUUUGAUGAACUUAGCGAGCAUCAGUCGAAAAUAUUUGAAGACAUCCUCGAGAAGCUAGCUUUGCACUUUAAUUCGGAGGAAACUAUCUCGAGUUUCUGCAAAUGGUCUAAAGAUGAAGUACCGAAACCCCUUGGGACAUGGCAGGAUACAAAGAAUGAGGUGUUAAAGUACAUCUCAGAGAAAACACACCAAUUUGUCCAGCGAUGGGAAAACGAAGAGAACGAAUUCGACAAAGCUCGAGUGUCAUUGAUCCAACAUUGUUGCAAAAAGUAUGAUAUAAUGGAGGAAGAAAUGCGCGAAGUAGCAGAAGAUUUUUUUAUCUUCGACGAGGCGGAGGGCGACCUUCCACAGGACGAGGGUGGAGAAAAUUUGAAACGAUCUAGAGUAAGAGGAAGAUUACAAUCAAGUACUAUUCCGCUAUGGCUUCGGCAAGGAUUGGCAUCAGUGGUGAUAGGGUCGCCACUUAGCAUGCUCGGAAGCGAAAUUAAAAAGAAGAUCUAUAGCAAUACCAAACUGGUCAAGUUUUCCGACGAUCCGUGUGACUACAUGUCAAAGCGAUCACGGAAAUGUCUCAAAGCUAUUUCUACUCGAGACCGCUUGCUUCCGUUCAUCAACGAACAACUGGAAGACGCCGUACUGUACCUAGGACAGAUCAAGAAGAAGAUUCCAAAGCUGAGAGAAGGUGACGAGCUGAUCUAUCAACAGCUACUUGAAGACAAGAGAGGCAAUACUGAGAUUCGGAGGAUCUACGAGCCUUUAAACAACGAGCUGGAGUCUCUGAGACGGGAUAUAGCCGUCUACACUCUGCGAGAGAUCAGGCAGUCGGAUUUCGCAAGAGAAGAGUUGGAAUGCGAUUUUAGAAAGAAUUCCAUUGGACGAGGCAGCUUCUCGACAGUGUUUAAAGGCGUUCUUCAUCGCAAAGGAUCGCCGGAGAUUAAGGUGGCUAUCAAGAUGUACAUUGACCCGCUUACCAGUAAUAACGUGUGGCAUUUUGUAGACGAGGAACGUGCUUUAAGGUAAGAGGAUCAAAAUACCAUUUUUUCUCAUACAGUUGUGUUCAUUUGACAGAUCAACUGUCAUGAAAGCCGGAAAUGUUAUAGCUUGCUACACAUGCAAUUGAAAAACGAUUGUGUACCUGCUGCCCCAUAAGUUUAAUAGCAAAUGAGCCUCCUAUCUUUGUCUUAGAAAACUGCGCCAUCCAAACAUUGUGGGUUUUUAUGGAACCAAUUUGCACCAAAGCCCCAAUGGCACUGAAGUGAUGAUCGUCCUCGAGCUUUGCAGUUGCUCUCUCAGAGAUCGAGUACUUACCCAUCCAGAGGAUUCACCCGCUCGAUCGUUGAACGACACGGUCAAGAAGAAAGUCUUAUCCUGGGUACGACAUAUCCUACAGGCCUUGCAUUAUAUCCACUCAGAAGGAUUUGUUCACCGAGAUUUAAAGCUGGAAAAUGUGCUGGUAAAUGUGUACUGAGUUGAACUUUCAUUUCCCAGUUAAGGUGUCAGUUACCUGUUUUUACCGACAUGUAUAGGGCGAUUUUCCUUCCUCAGUAAAACAUAGCCUUCUUGCCCCCCAUCAAUUUUUCGAAAAUAUUCCAGCCUUUAGACGCACUACAUGCCGUGCUCUUUACUAAUUCAAGAGUGUUUUUUUUUUGGAAGGGGGGAAGGGGAGGCUUUUGGUUUCUAGUGGCUGGAAAUGAUGUCUUGGUGAUGAAAAUUGCAUGCUUUUAAUUAUGGAAAUAAGCCACCCGUUUCCUUACUAUUUUGCAAGAGAUCUCAUGCAGAAGAUUGUAUGCCAUGCAAACAAAAUUCAUUGGUCGACAAUGAUUAACAUGAAGUCUUUGUCGCGGCACCUGGUGUUUAUUACGAUGAAACACGAUCUUGCAGUCAAAGAAAAAAGCACCAAAGUGACAUUAAGUCAUCUAUUGUUUCCCUUGUUCAUUAUGAUUCUUUUUGACUGAGUUUCAUAUUUCAUCAUAGCUGACACAAGGCGAGCAAGUGAAACUUGCAGAUGUAGGAGUAGCUAAACAUGAAAAAGAAAUAACAGGUACGAUGGUCGGCACCUCUCUGUACCUGGCCCCUGAAGUGUGUGAGGGUCGAAUUUACAACAGCAAAGCUGACAUGUAUAGUUUUGGCUUUGUACUUUGGGAAAUAUGGUAUGGUGAGACAGCUUUUCAAACGGCAAUGACAACCUGCGAAUUGGACCAGCUCGAAAAGGUGAGACAGGGCUGUCGACCUACUCACAUCGAAGGCACAAAUCAUCCAUAUGAAAUAUGGCAGCGUGUCAUGACUAAUUGCUGGAAUGAAGAUCCACGUGCCAGGCUAACAGCAAGAAAAACACUGGACCGUUUCAAGGAGUUACAGGAGGCUGAGAUUCAACCUAAACUGAAACCAGUACCGUUACCAAGGUCACGUUCGCGACGGCCACUUUCACAAAGCAAAACGCCUCCUCCAACAAAGCCUAAGCCAGCUAGAAGAUGAAAUAAGCAAGGUGGAGCGUCUGCUUCUUACCACAAAAAAGCAGAGGCGGAGAGUGUUCACUUUGAAUUAAAAGAAAAAAAGUAACGUGGAGCGGACUGAAAAGAACAAUCGCUUUAUAUCUUAGUAUUCGUUCGACUGUAAUUAAUUUAGGAGGAGGAGGUCACUGAAAUUAGAGAUGUAACCAAAUUUUACUCAAAGCUCCCAAUGAGCUCCAGUGUAUACUGAUAGUUUUUUUAAUAGCAGUUCGUCCACGGCGUAGAUUACAAAUAGUUCUCAAAGGUAUAUUUUAUUUCUAACUCGGCAACUCUUUCUUGAAUCAAUUGAAGAGAAGCUAUACAAUUUUUUUUUCCACUAUGACGUUAUUUUCCCUUUUUGGGGCAUCGGAACAGGCAAAAUAUCAAUGGAUUACUCUGUAGAUUAGGGCCAAAAAUACGGUCAGAGAGCGGAACAAAAAAGUGGCUUUAGCAAACGAUCCAAUUGAUUUUUCAUCCGUUUUUCUUCUUGGGGAAAUAACUUUUCAGCGCAGCAGAUGUUAUUUGACUGUGAAUUUAUGAAACUCAUAAGUGAACUGCAAACUAUGUGAACUAUAUGAACUGUGAAAUGCAAAGAUCGCUUUCGUAUUUACAGAUGUUAUUGUUAGUCAUAGUUUCGUUUGUGCUGUUUCCGCCUUUCACUCAUGCCUUCGGGGCUCGGAAAAAGUACAACGCAACUCACAAAAUAUCCGCACGUAAGCAAAUUUUUAAUGAUAAAAUAAGGUGUAUUAAUCCAAAGUAAAUCAAAUUAAUCCAACUUGCCAUCAUGGAUCAGUGCAACGUCUUUGACUGUACAAAGAAUGGAUUAUAAACGUGUUAUAUCUAAGAAAUAGUCCGUACACUGCAAUACGACUGAAAUUAACCGGUGAUAGGGCGAAAGGGCGUCAAAGCCGAUGCAGCAAGGAACCCUUGUAACUAGAUUUCGUUAGGAGUCUUGAAAUAAAGUUCACAAUUCAAUUUAUCUACUAAAAUCUCGGUCUUAAAUUUUAUUCACUCGGC